AUGCGUUGGAGAAGACGGUUGGAGUUGCUAAAGGAUUAUGAUUCUGAACUGAGUUAUCACCUUUUUGGAAAGGCAAAGGUGGUCGCAGGUGCAUUGGGUCGGAAAUCUUUAACAAUUGCUUGGGUGAGAAUCAAGGAAGAGGAGUUAGUGGAUAAGCUUGUGGAUCGUAAGCUGGACAUUGUUGGUGAUAAGAGGCGUGAAGAAUUCACUAAGGAGGGUGAGAGAUUGUGGAGAGAUAAGGGGAGAGUUGGCAAACAGGAUGUCGGAAGUUUGAGACAAGACUUGUUGUCGGGGACUCACUACAGUGGAUUUUCUGUUCAUCCCGGAAGCACGAAGAGGUAUUAUAACUUAAAGAAGAUGUUCUGGUGGCCUAGGAUGAAAGGUGAUGUAGCUACAGUGGCAUCCAAGUGUUUGACAUGUCAGAAGGCGAAGAUAGAGCAUCAAGAGCUGUCAGGAAUGAUACAGCCUCUUGAGAUUCUUCAGUGGAAGUGGACUAUGAUGCGAUUUGGGUGA